AUGUCWCAAAGCCCGAGCACAUCCACUUUCUCCAACGCCUCGACCCUGACGAACCACACUCCUAGCAGUCCGACCAAUGUACACCCACCGCCGGCCUACGUGGCCGCCUUUGGCGCAUCGCAGGUAGUCAGCGAUUCGAAGCGGCACUUUAGCGACGAUGAGGAUGACGACGACACUACUGUGUCCAACAAGGUUGGACAUGGCGACAUGGAGUUCUCGCCGGCGGCACUGGUGCUGCUCAACGCGUUUCUAGACCAGUUGCUGUAUAGCAUACUGUCCGUGGCCAAGUCAACUACCCUCACCGCCCUGCGGCCUGCAGUCGUAGAGGUGCUCAAGGCACGCCUGGCCAGCGAGGCGRUUGCCAGCGCCGAGGAAGAGCUGCAGGAGUUGCUUGCGGGCGGCGAGGAGGAAGAGGAGGAGAUGAAUGACCGUCAGACUAAAUCCGAGGGCCAACGGCGCUGGGAUACGGAGCUGGUAUGGAAGCGCACGCGACUGCGCGUCAUGGUCUACAUUCGCCUGGGCGAGAUGGAGGAUGAUGAUGAGGAGCGCUUCGUGCGCGAAGACGAGCUCUUUGCGGGCAACGACCGGCGCUUUUCGCAGUCAACAGGGCUAGUAUCAUGGGCUGCAGCCAUUUUCUUAACAUCGGUAGUGGAGUUUGUUGCUGAGCAGGUCUUGACCGUCAGCGGCCAGGCAGCCGCGAGCCGAGCGCGUCGUCGAAGCCGAACUCUGCGCGUCUCGCUUGCGGCCCCUCCCGCUGCCGUGCACCUCGAUGGCACCACCGUGGAGGAGGGCGACAUGGAAAAGGUCGCACUGAGCUCCACGCUCGGGCGACUUUGGCGCACGUGGCGCAAAUCCAUCCGGAACACCGCCAAUGCUGGCACCAACACCGCACUAACCUCUCCCACCCUGGACAAACACCUCCUGAGCGAUAUCGACCACGACACCGCCGACUCGCCUUCCUUCUCGCAGGCUCAUAGCCAGGACAAACUGGCCGGCGCAGGUGCAGUUGGCGCGCGGUGGAACAGUUCUGGCACCGCUCCCGACCCAAUGUCCGCGGUAGAGCACCCCCGAUCCAUGUCUGCAAUGAGUGCCAUGAGCAGGGAGAAAACCGAGGGAGAAGUCCCUAGCGAGGUUGGCCAAGAGCUUCCAGAGGUCGAGUAUUCCGAGCACGUUCUCGCUGCCAACAUUCCUAUUGCAGUUCGGGAUGAGCAGCGAGAUGUAGACGAAAUCGAGGUUCCUGGAUUGGCAAGAGAUCCCGACGCUGAGCCGGUCUUGCCAGCACGAACGCAGUCGCAACGAAGACACAGCUUCUCCGGACCGAUAGCUCUCACCAGAACUGCGAGUGUUGCUGUCGACAAUGGCAUUUCUCCGACCACCGCAUCAAACCAGGACCGUGUCUCAGAAGGAGUCGUAUCGGAGGUAGGCGCAUCGGAAGUUGGGCCCGCAAGUGAGGACAAAUCGGUAGUUGCUGCAAAAGAUGUAGACGGAWCGGCAUUAGAAGCACCAGCUCUGGACCAGCAGGUAGUGGAGCCCCUCGGCGAGCGUGUUGUGCCGCGACAGCGCUGUCGCUCUGAACCAUCGAYGUAUCGCGUUGUGGUAGAGGAGCAGGCCGUGGAGAAACUUGUCGAGAAUGAGGCGGACGCACAUACCGAUGGCUACAGGCCCGAGCAGAAGGCUAAUGCCGCGGAGAUGGCAGGUCUCAAGCGCAAGGCGUCGCCUGGAAAAGCUGUUGUGGACAAACUUCCGAAGAGUGCGGCAUUGGAGGCGGUGACUACGAAAGAGGACGACUUCUUUUCGCCGGAGAGCGAAAUGUCUAGUAAUGGGAAUGCGUCGCCAGCGGGCGCGUCUGCCACUGCCCACGAAGAAAACCUGAAGGAACUUGUAGGGGGCCCGGUCGUAGUAGCUUCCGCAGCGACGGCUGCCACAGCGGCAUUAGCCUCGGAGCCUCAAGGAGCUGAUGGUGAGACGCUCUCUCGCGCAGAGGUCGGCCUCAACGUAGUGGAGAAGGGAGGCCCUUCUCAGGAUAUUGAUGGCCAGAAUGCGCUGCCUCUUGAAGAGCGCCCCUCUCCCGCGAGCUUUCGGGAGGAACCUCAGAUUAUGGAGUCGAAGCAGGUCUCGAUGAGUCCUCUUUCGGCGCCACAAAAGUUGGUCAGGACGCAUAACUCGACACUCAGUAAAGACAGCUUUUCUCUCGAUGAUGGCAGCGGAGACCCGAUGCCGAUGCGGCCGCUGGCAACACCGCGUCGCAUUUCCUUGGACUUGGGCCAGAAUGAGCCGGAUAACAAUGAUGUUGACAUCGGAGUUGCGAGGACUUCCGAUACAGCCGUGUCGACACCGCGCGCCGAGCAUCCACCAGAGCUCCAAGCAAGGGAUAGUCUAUCGAGCAUGGCCGGUUCUCGACGUUCUGUUGGACGUCUCAUCCUCGGAAAUUCCUCUCCGGACGCUCCUUCACCUGUCUGGAGAGAGAGCCCUUCGAUCGAGCGGCAAGCAAGUGGAACCACUCCAGAGGACUUCCUACACAAGCGCGCUUUAUCUGUGCAGCAGACUGAGAAGACCAAGGCGCGUUCUCCCAACGAGAAGACCCGCGUGUCUAUGCUCGCAUCGAACCGAGCAAGCGUACCCAGCGCUUUGGUCAUCGACAAGGGCGAAAAGGUUCAGCCUGAGAAGGUACCAUCCCCGUGGCGCCAGUCCUUCUCGGCAGUAGUAGAGAAGAAUACUGGCUGGGCGUCACCCAAGAAGAAAGCGUCUUUCACCGCAGCCGAUGAGCCAGAAGUGCCCGUUCAAGAGCACCCCGUCGUCCAGAAGAUCGCCACAAUGAAGAGAAUGGACACCAAGGUCCAAGAAGACGAAAAUGCACCGUUGACAAGUGCGAACAUCAAAGGGCCCGCAGACUUCGAAAUGUUUGUGCAAGGCGGUGAUACAGUAAAGUAUACCCUUACUCCUGAGAACGUAAGGGAUGAUCCGACAUUCUCAAAGCCUGCGCGGGUACUAGAGCGAACGGUAUCGCCUGCGAGGAAGGAAUCACCACCAUUGGAUGACACUCGCAUGGGGCGCAGCCAGGCCGCCAAGCAAACGACAUCGAGUCGAAUCGUUAUCGAGCCCGAUGCCGAUGUCGACGAUGCAAUGACAUCUCGGUCGAGCAGGGAGACCAAACGUCGGUCGGUCAGCCGGCCUGUGGCUCGUAACGUUAGUGUCCACAGACGAAGCGGUCUCAUGGCACGUGAGCCUCAGGUUGUAACGGAGUCAACCAGAGACUUUGCAGACUUCAUUCGCUCCACUGGACCUGCGAAGGACCCAGAAAUUCUGCCGAUCGUCACGAAUCGCUCGAGCGCGUCCAUACAUUCUGCCCGCUCUCAAUCUCGCCCAGCGUCUGCUGGUGGUACCUCUGUUCGAAGCAUGAACAGAUCAAUCAAGCAGAGCGAAAGCGUACCUCCAGUUCCAGCGGUACCGUCUGGAAAAUCGCGAAACAACAUGCAGCCGCGAAAUGCCACGUCGGCAGCUGAUGGCUCCUCUGAAUUGAUCGACUUCAUUCGCAGCGGGCCAAAUCUGGCAGACCCCCAAGAACACCGUAUUUCGAGGACCGUCGCACCUUUCAGAUCGACCAUGGACUCUGAUCAACUCGUCAAUUGGGGCGAGAGGCUAGCCACCGCAGAGCUCAAGUCAAGCGCUGAUGCGAGCCCCAGCGCGCGCAGCGCUUCUCGUUCCUCGUUCAAAUCAUCCUUCCGAACUYCUGCCAAUUCAAAGUCUGCUCUGCUAAAUGGCUCCAGCAAUCUCAACGAGCCCUACCACCCAGCACAUGGUAGUCAGCCACCGACACUCACUUUACCAAGAGGCGUACUACCAGAUGCCAACGAGCCAGUCCGCAAGCGAGUGCGUAGCAAAGAUCCCUACGCUAUAGACAUGUUUGACGACGAUGAUGAUGACGACGACGACGACGACGACGUUCUGCUCACCGCACUACCAAAGGGUCAAACGCAGCAGGAAAGCUUGAUGGAAUUUCUUCGAAAUUCUGGACCAACUAAUCCCAACGAGUCGGCAAUUCCAGGGACCUCAGCGUCCGCAGGCUCACGUGGCCAAGCACCGGCCUUUCCCCCCAGGCGUAGCAGUCAAGGUCUGAAGACAUUCGGGGCAGACGCAGUAAGCAUGGGUCGCAGGGGAUCUGGGCCCAACAGAGACUCAUCACAGUCACGCAUGCAGAGCGCUCCUCGCAAUGGCACGACGUCCAUCGCGGUGGGCCCACUGACCAAACCACGCUCACAACUCGAGGCACGCGGGGACUCUCAAAGCGCGAAUGGCACCCUUGAUCUGUCGGACUACCUUCGAAGUAGUGGACCUGAUGCCAAUGCAGCGUCCGCUCGACAGAGCAGCAAAAUCCCGCCCGCCAAGCCCGAGAAGAAGAAAUCGGGACGCUUGAGCUUUUUUGCGUUCUUUUCGAGGAGUGGAAAGAGUGAACGUCCGCCAAAUAAGCAAUAUUUGGACAUGUGA